GAAUUGUCAAUACAUGAAUAAGUCAACAAACUAAGGAGGAAGACAAGAAUGAAAACAACUCAAACCAACCAAAAUAAUUCUCUACUCAUUAAGCCUUUUUUUCUCGAGUCUGUUUGAAAAAAUGAUACUAAUAUUCCAACUUAUAUAUGUGUGCAUUAGACAUUAUGUAAGUAAUAAUAGGAAACAAUGUGGUUGACCUUGACCCCUUAACUUGAGGUGACCAUUACAAGUCAUGAAGCUUGCAUCUACACACACACACAGAGAGAGAUAACAAUAUACAGACUUCCUCUUCCCAUUGCAGCAUAAGUUGAAAUUUGGAAACAUGGCAUAUUAUCUGAAUUAUUGGUUGAUAAUUUGCUUCAUAUCACUUCUUGAAAUUCAAUCUUGUCUUAGUAGCAUUCAAAGAGAUGAUCAGCCAUACAGAACUGCAUAUCACUUCCAACCUCCCAAGAAUUGGAUGAAUGGUAACAAACUCUUACGAUCACACCACUUUUCUUCAUGUUUCUUUAAUCUUUGGCUAAUCUUCAUCUUCUUUUUUGGACAUGGGACAACUUUGGAAUCUCAAGAUCCUAAUGGUCCAAUGAUAUACAAAGGAAUCUACCAUUUAUUCUACCAAUACAACCCCAAAGGAGCAGUGUGGGGAAACAUAGUUUGGGCACAUUCCACAUCAAGGGAUCUCAUCAACUGGACUCCUCACCCCACCGCAAUCUCCCCCACCAUCCCAUCCGACAUCAAGGGAUGCUGGUCAGGCUCAGCCACGAUUCUUUCCAAGGGCAAACCGGUCAUUCUCUAUACCGGGAUCAACUCACAGAACCAGCAAGAACAGAAUGUGGCAAUACCAAAGAAUCUCUCUGAUCCAAACCUCAUAGAGUGGAUUAAGCCAUCAUACAAUCCUGUGAUGGCACCAACACAGCAGAACAUGAUCAAUGCCAGCUCAUUCAGGGACCCCACCACGGCCUGGCUAGGCCGUGAUGGGCGGUGGAGAUUGAUAGUUGGGAACAAGGUAGGCCGGAGGGGGAGAGCGCUUAUGUUUAGGAGUAGGGAUUUUGUCCUCUGGACUCAAGCUAAGCACCCAUUGUAUUCAAGGAGGGGUACCGGCAUGUGGGAGUGCCCGGAUUUCUAUCCAGUUUUAACUAGAGGUGAAGAUGGAGUCGACACAUCCACGGUUGGGAGAGGGGUCAAGCAUGUGUUGAAAGCUAGCAUGAAUGAUGGAUUCUUUGACUCUUAUGCUAUUGGGAGUUACAAUCUUGGGAAGGAUGUUUUUGUCCGUGAGAGAGGCUCGUUGAGGCUGGACUCGCAGAUGAGAUAUGAUCAUGGCAAGUUUUAUGCUUCAAAGACCUUCUUUGAUAGCUCAACAAAGAGGAGGGUCUUGUGGGGUUGGAUCAAUGAAUCCACUGAUGCUGCCAUUGACAUCAGCAAGGGCUGGUCUGGCCUUCAGGCAAUUCCUAGAAAGAUCUGGCUUCACAAAUCAGGAAAGCAAUUGGUGCAAUGGCCAGUUAAAGAAAUUGAAAAGUUGAGAAAAGGUAAAGUCACCUCUCCCACCAAAGAGCUCAAAGGAGGAUCAGUUCUUGAAAUAUCAGGAGUGACAGCAUCUCAGGCCGAUGUGGAGAUUUCAUUUGAGAUCUCUACAUUCAAGAAUGUGGAGGAGCUGGAGCCAAGCAUGACUGAUCCACAAGAAAUUUGUAGUGAUGGAGCAGCCAAAGGUGGUGGGGUGGGGCCAUUCGGUCUAUUAGUAUUAGCAUCAAAGGAUAUUCAAGAAUACACAGCAGUUUACUUCAGAGUUUUCAUAGCCAAAACAAGAUAUGUUGUGCUCAUGUGCAGUGACCAAAGCAGGUCUUCGUUGCACCUAGAUUACGAUAAGCCCAUGUAUGGAGCCUUCGUUGAUGUGGAUCCUGUGAAGGAGAAGUUGUCCCUAAGAACUUUGAUUGAUCGUUCGAUUGUGGAGAGCUUUGGUGGGGAGGGAAAGGCUUGCAUCACAGCUAGAGUUUAUCCCUCACUUGCCAUUGAUGGAGAAGCACAUUUGUAUGCCUUCAACAACGGGACCAACAGCGUUAAGAUCUCGGAACUGGCUGCCUGGAGCAUGAAGGCAGCUCAAAUCAAUUGAUGUAAGAACAAGCAAAGAUGAUGAUGUGAAAUGGUAUGUGCAGCAAAUGAAGGUUUCUUGCUGUUCAACAGGAAAGUGCCUCUCUAUUUUAUGGCAUCCCAGAAAUGAACAACCUUAGCUUAUUCAUUGUUGUAGACUAAUAAUAAGAUUGUGAUGCUAUGAAAUGAUGAGUUAAUUUGCUUUUUUGAUGUA